GUCAUUCGCUGCUACCUAUAUUAAUACGCAAACACAAGGUUUUUACUGCGACAAACAAUGACGUCGAUGCUUCGCGCACAAACGCACGCGCAGGCCAGCUCCGGAGCGCUGCGUACGGCAGGAUUAAGAGUAGCGUCUCUCAGCCCCAGCUCUCUGCCCAGCCGCUUAGCACACCCAAUCAGCGCGCACAGCGCCCGCCUUGCAGCCUCUCCACGCCACCUCAUCCCCUCCCGCCUCGCCCGGGCGCCCUCUGCCACUGCCAGCUCCUCCGCCUCCACCACACCAGCCCAACCCACGGCUUCGACCUCCGCAGCAACCGUCGUGGAUGACUUCGCGACCGACUCUCGGCCGGUCAUCCUGUUUGACGGCGUGUGUAACCUGUGCAACAACGGCGUGAACUUCAUGCUGGACAACGACCCCUCCGGCGUGUACCGGCUAGCCGCGCUGCAGAGUCCUGCGGGCCGGCGGCUGCUGCAGCGCUGCGGCCGCUCGCCCGACGACAUCAGCUCCAUCGUGCUGGUGGAGCGGGACAGCCACUACAUCCGCUCGGAGGCCAUCCUGCGCAUUGGCUGGAAGCUGCGGGUGCCGCUGCCGCUGCUGGCGGCGUUUGGCUUCCCGGUGCCGCUGCCGCUCCGAGACGCCUUCUAUGACUCGGUGGCCAACAACAGGUACAAUUUCUUCGGCCGGACCGACUCGUGCCGUGUGGAUGACGGCCGCUUCAAGGACCGGUUCAUCAUCAACUAAGGCGUGUGUACGGUGACUGGUUUGUGAAAAAACGAGCAACAGACCCAAAGUGCGCUGGACUGCACUGCAACCCGGGGCACAUGGGCGAGCUUAGGCAGCUGAUUGCACAGUCUUAUGAGGAAUCGAGGCCGUUUAUGCCCGCGUACUGAGUACGGGGGUCCAGUCUAGCUGCAGGAGCUGUGAGUUGAGCAGGGUUGAGUGUGGUUAAGUAGUGAUAGGUGUGUGAUGGGACAGGGUUCAGGCAGGUUGGCGCGGUCCCUUAGGGUGCAGCUGACGCCCGUACCCCAAGCAGACAGCAAACAGUUUGCAGCGGCAGAGCAGGAGUGCAUGGCUGGUCGAACGCCGGAGUUACUGUACCGACAAGUUGCUGGCUGGCUGGAAGUUUGCUGAUGCGCAUUCCUCACGCUCCGGGCGCCCGGCCAGGCGAUAGCACCACACAGACACACCACAACGCCACACUCGCUCGCGAUGCAGAGCCGCACCGCACCUGCAGGAAGAUGACCAGCGUCCACGGAUGAGCACCAAAUGCAACAUAGAGAAAAUAGUGAUAGGUGUGCGAUUCUGAAGCUAGUGGUGGACUGGCGGUGCUUUGCGCUUGGCGGGACAGGGCGGGACACCUAAAGGGCACUCGACGAGAUAAGUUGGAGACUAGGGUGAGGACGUCACAGUUGUGGUAGUCAUCGGCGGCACCGGUUGUUCUGAUCCAUGUUAUCGUGUGCAUUGCGGGAAGCUGGGAGGGCAGGCACGGAGGGUGGGUUAGGGCCGUGCCGGCGCGGAAUGGGCGGAGGCUCCGUCUCACUUCCUGUUUUUUGUGAAUGUCUGGUAAAUGCUGUAACCAUAUGUGAGC